UGACGUUUCACUUUCUCGUCCAAUCAGAUUUCAGCUCGAUGAAACCGGAAGUGAAGUUACAAAAACAAACUCGCUCCACGCCCACUUCCACAGCAGCGAACGGACGCGCCUCUGAACAGUUGGGAAACUUGAGACUUCAUUAUUAUCAGGACUUUGUUUCUUGCUGGGUUUCAGCGACCUCCAGUCAUGUUUAAAGCGGUGCAACAAGCCUUGUUCUCCUCUGGACUGCAGAACCCUCAGUUCACCGCAGCGGAGAAACAGGGACAAGACUAUGAGAUUCGCACGUACCAUCCUACCAAGUGGGUCAGCACCACUGUGAGUGGGAUGGAUCUGGAUGCAGCCUCUACUACCGGCUUCUUCAGGCUCUUCAACUACAUCCAAGGAAAAAAUCAAAACAAGACCAAAGUGGAAAUGACGGCUCCGGUGACGUGCCGCGUGGUGCCGGGCGCCGGCCCCGCCUGCGAGUCCCAGGUCACCGUGUCCUUCUACAUCCCGCAGGAGCAUCAGGAGAGUCCUCCGGAGCCCAGCGAGCCGGACGUGUUCGUGGAGCACAGGAAGGAGUUCACAGCUUACGUCAGGACGUUCGGUGGUUUCGCCAAAGAGAAUUCGAAGCGCGAGGAGCUCCUGAAGCUCCUGGAGAGUCUGAAGCGUGACGGAGUGGAGCACGUGGAUCAGCCGUUCUACACCGCCGGCUACGACAGCCCCUUCAAGCUCACCAACCGCAGGAACGAAGUGUGGAUCCUCCAGAAAGCACCGGAGAAGUAGAGAGGUCAAAGGUCACGUCCCGACACACCAGCUGCAGCUUUAAUAUACUCACAUACAACAACAAAAGAACUUCCACAUUGACUAAAUGUGUCUAUUUUCACUACAAGUUACUGAUUUAAACUAUGAUCACUGACAAGCACCAGAUUAGAGUGAUGUUACUUAUUUAUCAUGUUAUGAAUCUGAUUGGCUCCAAACAUACAAGUUAAUGAAGCUUUAAUUGCGUGAUUAAAAAAAGAAACUAUUGUGCAUUAAUGAAUCAACCCCACAACAUCCUAAAACUUUUGGACAAUGUUGUGAAAAUUAGCAGACAGAAAACACUUUUUUUAUUUGGUGCAGCUUUUUCAUGAAACAAAAAACCUUAAAGUGCCUAUUAAUUAUUAAUUGAAUAAACUACUUGAACAUAUCUUUUUAAGCUUUUGUGUCUACAAGUUGCUGCCUUUUUUUCUUUUCUUUAAGCAUUUCCUCUACUUAAUUUAAAUACCAUCAAAUAAUAAAAUAUUUGUUUACAAGCCAAUGCUCAUGUAGGACGCAGAAAUGAAGCAAAGAGUCACAUUUUCUCUCUUGAGUUGCACAUGAAACAGACUGUAAAUUCAAAUUGAACUUGAACUUUGGGGUGCUUUGGCUCAGUGAGCAGUGGGAUGAUCUUUGAUCCAUAUAAAAACAAACUUUUAUGUUCAGUUUGCAUUAAUACGAGGCUUCAGUACUUUAAGUUGCAAGUAUAAAUACUUAAAUGCACUAGUCAUUUUUAUUUUUACAUUUCAACCACACAGUCACACUUACAGAAAAUAUAGGAUGAGAAAUUACUUUAAAAUUCAGAGUUUUGUUCUCUGGAAGAACAUGCAAAUUCAAACUGAAGCCAGUAAAUUCUCACUCCCGAUACAACCGUCUACUCUUUUUUUUUUUUUCUCUCAUUAAAACAUGGCUUCACAUCCACCGGCUGCCGAGGAGAUGCUUCCUUGGCCUCGAGCAACGUUCACGAUGUGUUUUCUUAUGAACAAAGCAACCUAAGCUGAACAUUUCACAUCACACAAACACAACCUUUGCAUAUCUUCAGCUCUGAGCCGAGGGCUGAGGUAACAUGUUGCUGACAGAUCGGAGUAAAUUCCAGCUUUCUCCACCUCGUGAUGGACUUUCCAGUGAAAGCUCAUCUGUUACACUGGAAAGGAAAAUAAAAGAGGAAUUGAAUGCUAUAUUUUAACUUUGGAACCCUGAGGAUGGGAAGUUGUUUUUUUCUCGGCGAAGGCUUGAUUACUUUUACCGGUGUUUAAUAACUUAGCCCCAGGGCUUGUAAAUGUCAGGUUUUUGGCCCUCCCUGGUCUGUGCACCCUCAGAUGAACUCAUGUUUGUAUAGUUGCAUAGGUGUGGACUGUGAUCUGUGAUGUGGGACUGAUUUCACCCAGACUGGAACGUUGAAGCGUCUACCUCUGAGCGGCAGCUGUGAAGUCUGACAGCACAUUUGAUUCCGCUGGCUUCUUGUCAGUCGGUGCAGGGAAGGCAACUCUGCUUGGAUCCCUGUCAAAAUACUGAUGCAUUUAUUUAUUUUUUUCUCAUCUCAGCCGGAUUCACCGGGCAGACUCUGUUUGCACUGGUUGCAUAAUUGAAGCAUUAGUUACUCAGGCUCAAUAAAUCAUUGAUCACAAACUCAAUAAUGACAGCUAAUAUGAUCAUUACCCUGUUUUUUUUUUUAUUCUUGCUUUCAUUUGUAUAUACUGUGUGCUUUUGUCUACAUCGUACUUGAUUAAGGGAACAAUGCCAUAAAUACUGCACACGUAUAAAAGAAAAAUUAACUGAAAGAUGUAAAGGAAUGUAAAAUCCAUCCUACUGAUGAUUAAAAGUUGUGAAAUGA